AGGGGGAUCUUCCUGGACACCAUUCUUCCCAAAUAUAAUGUGAAUGGGAUGCAGCCUUCCAUUGGACAGAGAACCCGGCUAAGCAAAGGAGAUAUUGCCCAGGCGCGCAAACUCUACAAAUGCCCGGCUUGUGGAGAAACACUGCAAGACAGUCAAGGGAAUUUCUCCUCACCUGACUUCCCCAAUGGAUAUUCUGAACACAAGCAUUGUAUCUGGAGGAUAUCCGUCACACCGGGGGAAAAGAUCAUUCUGAACUUUACAUCCCUGGAUCUAUACCGCAGCCGGCUUUGUUGGUAUGACUACGUGGAGGUGAGAGACGGAUUCUGGAGGAAAGCUCCCCUACGAGGUAGAUUCUGUGGAAAUAAACUCCCGGAUUCUAUUCUCUCCACCGACAGCCGCCUUUGGAUCGAAUUCCGCAGCAGCAGCAACUGGGUUGGCAAAGGAUUCUUUGCAGUCUAUGAAGCCAUCUGUGGAGGAGACAUGAAGAAAGACAACGGGCACAUCCAGUCUCCCAACUACCCUGAUGACUAUCGACCCAAUAAAUUGUGUACUUGGAAGAUUACUGUUUUGGAAGGAUACCACGUCGGCCUCACGUUCCUGUCCUUUGAGAUCGAGCGUCACGACAAUUGUGCUUACGACUACCUGGAGAUUCGGGAUGGCAGUUCAGAGUCAGACCCUGUGAUUGGAAGGUAUUGUGGUUAUGACAGGCCCGAUGAUAUCAAGAGCACCUCCAACAAGUUAUGGAUGAGGUUUGUGUCUGAUGGGUCCAUCAACAAGGCUGGCUUUGCGGUUAACUACUUCAAAGAAGUGGAUGAGUGCUCACGACCAAACAACGGUGGAUGCGAGCAGCGUUGUGUGAAUACUCUGGGUAGCUACAAGUGUGCCUGUGAACCUGGCUAUGAGUUGGCUCCCGACAAACGCAAGUGUGAAGCUGCCUGUGGCGGGUUCCUCACCAAACUCAAUGGCUCCAUCACAAGCCCUGGAUGGCCGAAGGAAUAUCCGCCCAACAAGAACUGUAUCUGGCAGCUGGUGGCACCUACUCAGUAUCGCAUAUCCCUGCUAUUUGACUUCUUUGAGACAGAAGGCAAUGACGUGUGCAAGUAUGAUUUUGUGGAAGUGCGCAGCGGCCUCACUUCUGAAGCCAAGCUCCAUGGGAAGUUUUGUGGAGCAGAGAAACCCGAGGUAAUCACCUCCCAGUACAACAACAUGCGCAUUGAAUUCAAGUCUGACAACACCGUUUCCAAGAAAGGCUUCCGAGCUCACUUCUUCUCAGACAAAGAUGAAUGCUCGAAGGAUAACGGGGGAUGCCAGCAUGAAUGUCUCAACACUUUUGGUAGCUAUGAGUGCCAGUGCCGCAGUGGCUUUGUGCUACACGACAACAAGCAUGACUGCAAAGAAGCUGGCUGUGAUCACAAGAUGACAUCCAUCACUGGAACCAUCACCAGCCCAAACUGGCCUGAUAAAUACCCAAGCAAGAAGGAAUGUAGCUGGGCAAUAACAACUACACCAGGACACCGUAUCAAAUUGACCUUCAGAGAGCUGGAUAUCGAACUCCACCAGGAAUGCACAUAUGAUCACGUAGAGGUUUACAACGGAAAAGAUGCGAAAGCUUCCGUUCUGGGACGAUUUUGUGGAUCGAAAGAACCGGAUCCUAUCAUCUCUACUAGCAACAGGAUGUUCCUCAGAUUUUUUUCAGACAACUCCAUUCAAAAGAAAGGCUUCGAGGCAGCCUAUACAUCAGAAUGUGGGGGCCAGAUGCGAGCUGAGGUAAAAACCAAGGAUCUCUAUUCCCACGCGCAAUUUGGAGACAACAAUUAUCCCGGGGGUUCAGACUGCGAAUGGGUGAUUGUGGCGGAGGAAGGCUAUGGGGUUGAACUCAUCUUCCAAACCUUUGAGAUUGAAGAAGAGGCUGACUGUGGCUAUGACUACAUGGAACUUUUUGAUGGUUACGAUGGAACAGCUCCACGUCUUGGACGCUAUUGUGGCUCUGGGCCUCCAGAAGAGGUCUACUCCGCUGGGGACUCCGUGAUGGUCAGAUUUCACUCAGAUGACACCAUCAACAAGAAGGGCUUCCAUCUACGGUACACCAGCACCAAAUUCCAGGACACGCUGCACACACGGAAGUGAUCUCCCAGGCUCCCCAAACCCCCUUCAAGUGAGAACAGCCUUCCCUUACUUGAGGGACAGGUUCCCACCGUUUGCAAAAAAAACAAAACAAAAAACGAAAACGAAAAGAAAAGAAAAUGGAGAAAAUUCACAUAAACUGGAAGGAGAAAUACACAGUACACCUCAGAGUGCAAAACACUCUCACAGAAAUAAAGGUGCUGUCAGCUGCUCGGGGCCUACGUGGACUAGGCUCAGGGUUAUUGGGGGACCCUUUGAUUUUAGUUUUUUUUUGGACGUCCAUUCCUGUGCCUCUUUUCUUUUUUUUUUGGCCGGAGUAUCUCCAGGAUUAACCACUUUGCAGCUUCCAUCUGAGUUUCUGAUGGUUUAUGACAGAGCUGUCCAAACGUGGCCAUUUUAUGAUCUGUGGACUUCAACUCCCAGAAUUCCCCAGCCAGCCAUGCUGGCUGGGGAAUUCUGGGAGUUGAAGUCCACAGGUCUUAAAAGUGUCUAGUUUCGACACCCCUGGUGUAUGGUUUAAAAUAAAGCCAGUGUUUUCCUUUACAAAUUCCAUAAAGCGAGUUUACCGGCAGAGAUGUCGGCCAAUACAAAUACAUAGUGGAGAGGCUACCAGGCUGGCGGAAGCUGUGUCUGUCGUAAUGAUGUAAUAAAUACGCUUUCUUGUACUCCUAAACAGAUGCCCAUCGGCCUCUUUCCAACUUUACCAUUUGUACCAUUUUUUUUAAAAAAAAAUUCUUUCAUCUCCAAGAAAAAAAAAAUAUGUAACUUGAAAAAUGUCUUGCUCCUUCCUUCACUAACUUCUUUUUUUAAAUUAAAAUUUGAAUUGAAACAAAAA